GCGAGCGGGCUUCACCUACGAGUCCACCAGCGUUGUCUACUUUUGUCCCUCCACCACCAACAAUUGAGGCCGUUAUGGAAGAAGUCGGUCUUCGGCAUAACUAUGACGUCGGGAUUGGUAGUUGGGGAGUCAAUCCAGCGCACUACCCGCUUAGUCGCGACGUACUCCCACCUAAAUCGGUGGUCCGCUCCUCCCCCCAAUGGUCAUUCGCAAUCGCCACCAACGUCCGAUGACGAAGGAGGGGGUGGCGAUGGCGAUGGCGAUGGUGAUGGCGAUGGCGAUGGUGAUGGCGAUGGCGAUGACGAUGGUGAUGGCGAUGGUGAUGGCGAUGGCGAUGACGAUGGUGAUGGCGAUGGUGAUGGCGAUGGCGAUGGCGAUAACGAUGACGAUGACGAUGGCGACGAAGGGGAUUAGGUGGCUGUGUUGAUGCCCAACUCUUUGUCGAUGAUAGGCAGACGGGGGUUGUCUGUAUACAACUACAUAAUGGAGCGACAUGUUCACAUAUUUUUAUUUCAAAGA